GUACAACCGGAAAUUAUCCUUCAAGUGACAGAUCGCUUUAUGAGACACCGGAAGCAAUCGUCGGUUUUGGUGACGCUGCAUUAGACUGCAAGACAUGGACCGGUCUCGGUUGUUCGGGCUGUUCCUCCUCUGCCUGGCUCUCGCUCGGGCUCAGGCGCUGACACCGGCGCACUAUCUCUCCCUGUCUGAUGUGGCCAGGCUGCAGAACCUCCUCAGCCAACAAUUCACCGACCUGGAAUCCGCAUACUUCUCCGUGGUUGGUCUGACCAAGCUUGGAGCAUCAGUGCUCGAUCCCACGGAAGUAUGUCAGUUCCUGAAAUCUCAACUUGAUCCCACUAGUGUUGACUCCCUCUUCUUUGCUGCUGAGACAAGUCAAGCAGUUUCAGGAUGUGAGAUCCCUGUGUCCAACGAAACCCGUGACAUUCUCCUGGCAGCUGUCAGUGAAGAUUCAACCAUGGCUCAGAUUCAUCGAGCUGUAAGCGCCCUUAGCUCCCUGGGACUCCCUCUGGCUUCUCAGGAAGUUGUAGGUGCCUUGGCAGCUCGCAUCAACAAGGAAGACAAUGUUAUGGCGAUCACUUUAGCUCUGCAAACAGCAGCUCGUCUAUCCCAGCAGGCAGAACUAGGAGGAAUACUGGAGGAAAUUGAGGAUCUGACAGCUCGUUUGGAUGAUCUUGGUGGUAUCUACCUCCAGUUUGAAGAAGGACUUGAGGCAACUGCCAUGUUUGUGACUGCUGCUUAUUCGCUGUCAGACCAUGUAGAUAUGGAGCCCCCAUUGAAGGAGGACCAGGUUAUCCAGCUGGUGAACUCUAUCUUCAGCAAGAAAUCCUGGGACUCUCUGUCUGAGGCGUUCAGUGUAGCAAGUGCUGCAGCCGCUCUCUCCAACAACCGCUUCCAUGUGCCAGUCAUUGUCAGUGCUCAGGGCCCAGCCACAGUGUCUCACAGCCAGCCAACCUUACAGCUCCUUGUUACUGAUGUCAUGUCUCAACCACUGGCCACAGCCAAUGUACUGGUGGAGUCUGCAUAUGCUGUGGCUUCUAAGAGCAUCAUUCUCAGCCAAGCACCAUUCACACUGAAUGAUGGCGUCUUUGAAUUGAAUUUCAUGUCAAACCAGCCAGCUAGUGGAUACUACCAGUUUACUGUUGCAGUGACCGGAGACAGCCGCCUGGUUGCCAAUCAUGUAGAGCUUAAAGUAAAGGUGUCCACUGAGGUGGCAGUCAGUAACAUGGACCUCUCUGUGGUGGAUAAGGAUCAGAGUAUUGGCACAAAGACCACCAGGGUGGACUAUCCUUCCAAAGCUAAGACUUCCUUCACAGCAGACAGCCACGUGAACUUUGCUAUGACCUUCCAGCUGGUUGAUGUCAACACUGGAGUGGAGCUAACUCCUCACCAGACAUUCGUGAGGCUGCACAAUCAAAAAACAGGCCAGGAGGUUGUGUUUGUGGCUGAACCUGACAGCAAAAACCUGUACAAGUUUGAGCUGGACACAGCAGAGCGGAAAUCGGAGUUUGACUCCAUCUCUGGUACCUAUUCCCUUUACCUCAUUGUCGGAGAUGCUACAUUGGAAAAUCCCAUUUUGUGGAAUGUGGCCGAUGUUGUCCUGAAGUUUGUGGAUGAGGAGGCUCCAGCCACCAUUCAGCCCAAGACUCUUUAUGUACCCAAACCAGAGAUCCAGCACUUGUUCAGGGAACCAGAGAAGAAGCCUCCCACAGUGGUCUCUAAUACCUUCACUGCACUCGUCCUGUCACCUUUCCUGUUGCUGCUCAUCCUGUGGUUAAAGCUCGGAGCCAACAUUUCCAACUUCAGCUUCUCCCCCAGCACCAUUCUGUUCCAUGUGGGACACGCAGCCAUGCUGGGUCUGAUGUACGUCUACUGGACCCACCUGAACAUGUUCCAGACCCUGAAGUACCUGGCAAUUAUCGGUGGUGUAACUUUCCUGGCCGGGAACCGCAUGCUGGCACAGAAAGCAGUGAAGAGAACUGAAAAAAAAUAAAGGCAAGAAAAUUAAAGAGGACAGUGAUGGAGCCCAUUCAUUGUUUCAUCGGAGUCAUUCAACAGUGCACCAAACCAGACUUUAAACAUGGCAUGGCCGGUCGAGAAUUCAGUCUACAGUGUAAACAUUCAUUUUGUCAGCGUUGCCAAAUGGAAGGAAUCAAGAUAUCACGGUGUCUCUGAGGAAAAACGCUCACCGACAGAUCCCCCUAAUGAGGACUGUAAAAGCUACUGAUCAUUGCACUUCAUCUUCCUGUGAGAUUUGUGUUCUUAUUGUCCAACAUGCCUGUGUUUUCUAAGUGAGCUGGGAUUUUUAUUUGUGCUUUCUUGGUGGGGUUUUGUUUGAUUUGUGGAUAUAUUUUGUACAUUCCUCUUUGUUUUUACUCUGUGCCCUUUUCACCUCAUAAAAGAAGCUGUUAGUCAACACGUCCCAGCUGAUCAGUAAACCUCUGGCAGUAGCACUGACUUACAUCGUUACUUACCAUGCCAGUGUGUUUGCCUCUAUGGAGAUUUGUACUCACAGGAGUAUUGAAUAUUUGACACAGAGUUGGUUUUCCCUGAAAAAUGGUUAGUAAUGAAAUAUGGGCAAUUUGAAAAGAUUUUUUUGUAAUGAAGAGGAAAUAAAAAAUGAGGUGAA